CUGUGAUUGGUCACGUUGUGUCUGGGAGCCUUAGCCUACAGGUCGCCGCGAUACUGCUGGGUGCAAAUGGUCCUGCACGGAUGAAUGCAGGAGGCGGUUGCCGUGGUGACCACAGAAUGGAUUCCUGUCCAUAGCUGGAACAAGCCCCACUGACUCCUUCAGAAUGAUUCGAAUUGCAGCCUUAAACGCUGCCUCAACUGUAGAAGGGGAACAUGAAGAAACUUUUAAAGGUCACAAAACACAAACCAAAGAGGCCCAGGAAGCGGAAGCAUUUGCACUUUAUCACAAGGCUUUGGAUCUACAGAAGCUUGACCGCUAUGAUGAGUCCUCACAGGCCUAUCACCAACUGCUAGAUACCCGUCUUCUUCAGGAAGUCCCUUUGAGUGAAGAAAGAGAGCGUCUGAAGCAUCCUGGAUUAAUGCUAAAGUAUUCAACCUUUAAGAACUUAGCUCAGCUUGCUGCAAAACGAGAUGACUUGGAGACUGCAAUGGAAUAUAACCUAGAAGCUGUCAUGUUGGACUCUACUGAUGUUAAUCUGUGGUAUAAAAUCGGUUGUCUGGCUCUUCGCCUCGUGCGCAUUCCACUAGCAAGACAUGCCUUUGAAGAAGGACUUCAGUGUAACCCGGAUCAUUGGCCUUGCCUGGAUAACCUGGUCACUGUCCUAUAUACUAUCUGUGAUUAUAGCACCUGUUUGUACUUCAUCUGCAAGGCUUUAGAGAGAGACUGUCGCUACAGCAAAGGUCUAGUACUAAAAGAGAAGAUCUUUAAAGAGCAGCCAUGUCUAAGAAAGGACUCUUUCCGCAUGUUCCUGAAAUGUGACUUGUCCAUUCAUGAUGUGGAUGUUUGUGAGGAGGAGGCAAACAGAAUUGUGGAGGAGGCAUUAGAAUUACGCAGGAAGAGACGAGCUCUGUCUGUAAAGGAGGAAGAGCCUGAUUUGAAGCUGACUCAGCCUCUCCCGUUUUUCACGUGGAAAUGUCUUGGAGAGAGUCUGCUCGCCAUGUAUCGCCACCUUACAACAUGUGAACCUCCUCGUCCAAGUUUGGGGAAAAGGAUUGACCUCACAGACUACAAAGAUGUAACACAACCGGAUCAUCUUCCGCCAAAUCCCCCCCUUACAGACAAAGUCACAGACACACCCACUCCUUCAGCUCCAGCUGUGCCAGUAACAGAGCCGACCCCACCCGCUAUUUCUACCCCUAAUCCAGUUGUGUCCUCCCAAACCAUAAAUUAUUCCACAUCUGUCCAAGAUUUUGGCUCUGCUACAGAUCAGUCCAGUGGAGAUAAGAUCAAGAAAGGAGUGAAAAGGAGGAGAAUCACGGAGGACGCAGGAGAGACUGCCAAGAGACGCUCUGCUCGGGUGCGCAACACUAAAUGCAAGAAGGAGGAAAGAAUUGAUUUUCAAGAAUUACUGAUAAAGUUCUUACCAUCCAGGCUCCGUAAACCUGAUUCAGAGGAGGAGGAGGAUUCGUUUGGCAACUAUGAGAUGCAAUCUGAUUCCAAACCAGGAAAUUUCCCAACUGGAGACCAAGCCAUGUCUUUUGAUUCCACUACUUUCAUGGAAUCGGAGAAGCAAGAUGUGCACCAAUUCCUUUUGGAUAACCUAGAAAAUGGGGGCAUAUUGGAGCUUAUGAUGAGGUAUCUGAAAGUGAUUGCUCAGAAGUUUUUGGUGAAGUGGCCCCCUGCUCUGACGGAUGUAGUGCUCAAUAUAUACACGAGCUGGAGAAAGCACAGCAGUGGUCUUCCCAAUCCUUUGCUUAGGGACUGCAAGAACCAGCACAUUCGAGACAUGAUGGUUAUGAGUUUGACCUGUUUGGAACUGCAGCUUGAUCAGUGGCUUUUGGCCAAGGUAAAGACUGGAACAGUGUCUCCACGCAAGUGUCCUGCUGGUAUCCCUGACGAGAACUUAGGACCAGACUUUCCUGGCGCUCACUUUCUGGAAGAUCAAAUGAUGAUGGGAUUUGCAGCCUCUCAGCGUGACCUGUUUCCAGAUGGGUGGUUAAAUUAUGUAGUGAGAGUAUACUGGCUGAAAGCAAGGUUUUUGGCUUUGCAGGGGGACAUGGAGCAGGCUUUAGAAAACUUUGAUAUAUGCACGGACUUGCUACAGAGUUCAGAGGCUAAAGCGUACAAUGGGAAAGAAAACGAAGACGUCAUUGUUAUCAAGCUACCCAACCUGCAGCUUGACUCCACAGUAUCUGUAGAGGAGAUUGAAAACAGUCUUAAGUCCCUGGAGAGAUGCCAGUCACUGGAGGAGAUUCAGAGAUUGCAUGACAUGGGGGAUUAUUCAUCAGUGGUCCGCCUCGUGUGCCCUACGUUGUGUUCGAGUGGUUACAACAGAAAUAAGCACCUUGAUUUGAUGACUUCUCCUCCAGAGAGACCGACUCAGCUACUUCUUAUGCAGGAUUCCCUGUUGAAGCUGUCCGAUUUCAAGCAGUGCUUCCAGUGUUCAGAGGUUGCUCUGAAUGAAGCUCUUCAGCAGAUGAUGAACUCAACGUCUGGAGCACCCAAGGAGGAAUGGGUUGCCACCGCAGCCCAGUUACUUACAGGGAUAGACCUUUCCCUGUCGUCAGACAGUUGUGCUUUACAGGUGUCCACAGUCGCCCAUCUCGUACGUCUCUGCAGUAACCUCAUACAGCUAAUUGACUGCAGCAUGGCGGUCCAUGAAGAGGCCAAGGAACCUUCAGUGUCCUCUGUAUUGCCAUGGAUCAUUUUACAUCGAGUUAUCAAGCAUGAAGAAGAGACCUUACAUUCCAUGCGCCAAAAGUCCGAUUUGAAGGAAGAGGAUUCGGGUACUCCACUGCUUCCGUCAUCUCUUAUGCUUCUCAACACAGCCCAUGAGUAUUUGGGCAGGAGGUCGUGGUGUUGUAACUCAGAAGGAGCCCUUCUCAAAUUCUAUUUACGUGUUCUGUUGAAAGAACUGGCGGCGUCCACAAAGGAUGACUACCAUCCCUUUAAGGAGGAGCUGGAGACUACACUAGAACAGUGCUUCUACUGUCUGUAUGGCUACCCCAGCAAGAAGAGCAAGGCUCGGUACUUAGAGGAGCAUUCUGUGCAACCGGUGGAGUUGCUCUGGGAAGAUGCCCUCAUUUUGUUUGACUAUUUCAAGCCAAAGUCUCUUCCUGAAUUUGACAGCUAUAAAACCAGCACCGUCUCUGCAGACCUGGCUAACCUGUUGAAAAAAAUGGCCACCAUAAUACCUCCCUCAGAUAAACCGAAGCUAAGAAUGGACAGUGUGGCAGCUUACAUCGAAGGCACAAGCAACAAGGCGCCACAACUCCCGGAAGGAGCAGAAGACUCACCCGAGGUCGUGAAUGAGCUGUUUUACCUUAUCGCUGACUACCAUUUUAAAAACAAGGAACCGACCAAAGCCAUUAAAUUCUACAUGCAUGAUAUCUGCAAGUGUCCCAACAGGUUUGAUUCUUGGGCUGGCAUGGCCUUGGCAAGAGCAAGCCGUAUCCAGGACAAACUAAACUCCAAUGAACUGAAGAAUGAUGGCCCCAUAUGGAAACAUGCCAGUCCUGUACUAAACUGCUUUAAACGAGCCCUGGAAAUUGAUGCCUCAAACCUGUCCUUAUGGAUUGAAUAUGGCACAAUGUCUUAUGCGCUCCACUCGUUUGCUUCCCGACAGCUUAAACAGUGGGCGACUGAGCUGUCCUCUGAGGCGGUGGCACAUUUGAAAGAGCGUCGGAAUAGCAUGCUUGAGACAGCCAAGCAGUGUUUCACCUCCGCUUCCCUCUGUGAGGGAGACGGUGAUGAAGAAGAAUGGCUAAUUCACUAUAUGUUAGGCAAAAUCUGUGAAAAGCAAAAGGUGGCUCCAGAGUUGUAUCUGCUGCACUACAAGCAAGCAGCACACUACCUGCAUGAGGAAGCUGCUCACUAUCCUAAGAAGAUUCAUUACCAUAACCCUCCCGAGUUAGCCAUGGAGGCUUUAGAGGUCUAUUUCCGUCUCCAUGCGUCAGUCUUGAAGCUGCUGGAUAAAAACGACCAGGAACUAGAUUCUAAAAUGUUGUUCACCGUUAUGAAGGAAGCCACGGAAGGGCCAUUUGCUAAGGGAGAGGAGAAAAAUGCACCAAAACCAACCGAGAAGGAGAAGCAUAGCACUUUGGAUGAAGAUUCUCACUCUUCCGCGGGGACGAUGCCCGGCCCUGGGAAUUCCAUUCCUUUCUCCUCUGGUCCAGGUCUGACAUCUCCACCUUACACAGCCACUCCGAUUGACCACGAUUACGUCAAAUGUAAACCCCCCCGUCAUCAGGCCACGCCGGACGAACGCAGCCAGGACAGUAUGGUGGUUGUCCUUUCAGACUGUAGCUCAACACAGGACACAUUUCCUGAGCCAGCCAGCUCGCAGGACAGCACCAGGGGACUCUACUUGGAAAAGAAGUCCAGUUUAUCUCACAGUACAUCACAUGGCAGAGAUGUCCAGCUAGCAGCAGAUGAGAAAGGAAGGACAGAAGAACAAGCGGAACAACCAGAGACCCCUAGCUCACUGGAGCUGAAGGUUUCUCCUGAAGUUCAGACUUCCCCCACCUGCAGCACUCCUAUAAGAUCCUUACCACCCCCUUUCCCAUUAGGAGAUCCCAAAAAGAAACUGGAAUCAACAGGAGAUAUGUCAGAGUACCCCCAAUGUCUGCCUGAAGGUGCUGAAGAACAGCGCAAAGUCUUAAUUGAGCAGUGCAUCACUGCCUUCAAGUUAUGUCUAAGCCGUUUCCCCCAGCACUACAAAAGCCUGUACAGGUUGGCUUACCUGUAUACUAACGGCCAUACUCACCAGAACUUGCAGUGGGCCAGAGACGUGUUGCUAGGCAGCAGUAUCCCGUGGCAGCAGCUGAAGCACAUGCCAGCACAGGGUCUCUUCUACGAGAGGAACAAGACCAAUUUCUUCAAUGGAAUCUGGCGGAUACCGGUGGAUGAGAUAGAUCGCCCUGGCAGCUUUGCUUCUCAUAUGAACCGUUCCAUUGUUCUACUUCUGAACGUUUUAGCUCAACUUAAAGACUCCAACACUCUGCUGAAGAUCUCUUGUAUGCUACAGAGGACCCCCGAUCAGGGGAAGAAGUAUUUGCGGGAUGUGGACCGGCAGGUUCUGGCACAGCGAGCUUUCAUUCUUACCGUAAAAGUAUUAGAGGACAUGCUGAGUGACUUGUCUGGGGAUCCUAAAAGUACGGACCCCAGCCCGUUCUUAGCAGCUUCUAUGACAACAGACGUCACCGGCCGGCCUGCAUCAGAGGACAGGAAAGAUGUAGCACCCAGAAAGAACUUGGUUUUAGGUGAAGGGGUAGCUUCAGGACCGUCUGAGAAUGGGAGAAAAGAGACAGUACAGGGUUCUGCUUCUCAGACAAUGGAAACUGGCGAAAUCAGGAUUGUGAAAGAGACUGGAAAGCCUCAGUCUUCAGAACCAAUGGACCAUGAUGGACACUCAUGCCACCCAGAUAAACGCUUGGACCAGCAUCGCAAGGAUUCAGCUAGGAUCAUCAAGGAUAAGGGACUCGAAGGUCCAGAAUUAUCACUAGAAGACCUGAGUAUAAGCUCUAAGCAUCAUCUUCCUGCGGGUAGCAGAGGCCCGGGACAGCACACACCUCAACACAUGGAGGAUACUCCACACCGAGUCAGUCGCAAGCGGAAGCUGUUAGAUGACACUGAGAGCAGCAAAAACUUGCUCCUUGAGGCGUAUCGUGUUUGGCAGCAGGGGCAAAAAGUCACCACAUAUGAUCUGGCCAGUAUCGAAGCGAUCAUGUGUAAAACGUACAUGCUGAUCAAACAGGUGGAUGAAGGUGCUGCGUUGGAACAAGCUAUUAAAUUCUGCCAACUUCAGAUGGGAGCUUCUGCCCAGAAACAGCAACCUUCAGACACACCCAGCACCCCAAAAAGUACAAAGGACCCCCGUGAGAUUGCGCUGUCUUUGCCUGCUGUCUCAGUGCAGCUAACCCCUCUCAAUCUGGCCACAUUCAGCUCUGAGAACGUGUUGCGGUUAUCGGAGCAUCAAUUCAAAAUUAAGUACACGCCACCCGUUUCAUCAUCGUCCUCACCACCAGAGACUAGUCGGGGGCCCAGGGUGUGCUUUACCACGUCACAAGUUAACCGUGAAGAAGAGCACAUUGGCGACGCAUCAUUUCCUCAUCAGGAGCCACGUUUAUGCCAACCAACUAAACCCACAACAGUUGCCACCGCUUCAGACUCUUCCCAUUGGCAGCCAGAAGCAGUGCCGAGUUUUGCUAGUUCCAGCCACUCUGAAACAGCUUGCAGCUCCAGACCUCCACCACCUCCAGAACCAAGUGUCCAGCUCAGCAAAACAGAUGGUGCACGAAACAAGUCAAAGGUCCACCCACAUGUGCCAAAGCUCUUCAUUCCCUCCUCAAGUGUUACCAAAUUCCCCCCAGAGAUCACAGUAACACCUCCAACUCCAACCCUCCUCUCUCCUAAAGGCAGUAUCUCUGAAGAAACCAAACAGAAACUAAAGUCUGUUAUCCUAUCUUCACAGUCUGCUGCCAAUGUCAAGAAGGAGACUCUGUGCCAGCCAGCUCUUGAGAUCCUAGACAUCUCAAGCCAAGAGUCAUCCCUUGAAAGUGACACAGAUGAGGAUGAUGACUACAUGGACAUAUGAAGAUUCUACAGCAUAGCUUCUCACCAUCUGCCAACUGCAAAUUCUGCAUCUGACUCCCACCAGAUUGUGCUUGCAUGCUACAGCUCUUAGCAUGCGGAUUGCUUUUGCUGCCAGUAGCCAAACCAUUGUUUUACAGUAUGCCAGUUCUAUAUACUGACCCACGUGACUGUGGAUUGGGCAGCAGGGUGGGGUCACUGAAAACUUUACAUUAGACCCAAAAGGUCAAGUGGCGGAUACAACAAAGCGAAUUAAGGUUUGAGGUUUACAGCUGAUUUUGAAGAAAAAAAAAAAACUGUAUCUGAGUGUUUUGCAGCUCCACCCUUGGUGCUGAAAACGGGACUUUUGUAUUGGUGGGGUUGCGAGAGCUCACAGGCUUUGCCUUCUUUUAAGGUCCAUAUUUUUUGUAAUACAGAUUGUGAUGUUUAUAAAAUUAAAGAGACGUGUAUAUGAAAUGAAAUUUGAGAUAAAUAAUGGGGUUCCAAAUAAGAACAUAAACAUUGCACAUUUUUGCAAAAAAAGAAAAGAAAGAAAAAAAUAAAACUAUUAUAAUUUU